AUGGAUGCUAAGUAUGUCACUGCCAAGCAUCGUCAAGAGCAGCUCCGAAGGAUUUAUGAAUUGAAGCAGGGUUCUAAGACCAUAGAAGAGUUCUAUGAUGAGUUUGAGAAAGCAAGAAUGGCUCUUGAUCUUGAAGAAGACGAGGAGCAGCUUAUCAUCCGAUUCAAAGCUGGGUUGAACCAAGAAAUCUCAUCUCAAUUGAGGUUACUCACUUACUAUACUCUUGAUGAGGUGUUCCAAGCGGCUAUAGAGGCAGAAAAAGGGGUCAAGGAGGACAAGACAUUCAGAUUGAGAGGAAGUGCCAAUACUACUUCGUGGAGUAGGGGUCAGGAUUUGAAGAGUCCAAGUUCGAGUGCUAGCCAUGAUGUUAAAACGCCACUUGAAAAGAAUCCAACCAAAUCUGAACCAAAGGACUCCGGAGGUAAAGCUCAACUCAAUUCUCCUAGUGCUUCAUCUAUUCAAUGUCAUAAAUGUAAGGGAUAUGGGCAUAUGGCCAAAGAGUGUCCUACUCGGAGGACCAUGCUUAUUCUUGAUGAUGGCACUAUUCAUGAACAAGAAAGUGAACCAGAAGAUGGCAAUGAAAAAGAACUUGAUCAUGGUCUUGAGAAACCGGAAGGAGAAGAGGAGGAUGAUCUGCCCGAAAUGUUUCUUGUGGUGCGGAGAAAUUUGAGCACUAUAAGCUUGGAAAAUGAAGAAGAUGUGCAAAGGGAGAAUUUUUUUCAUGCUAGGUGUAGGGUAAAGGGGAAGGUUUGUUCAUUGAUUGUGGAUGGAGGAAGUUGUGCUAAUCUUGCUAGCCAAACUUUGGUUGAGCAAUUGAAACUGCCUACAUUGAAACAUUCCCGACCCUACCGAUUACAAUGGCUCAAUGAGUGUGGUGAAUUGCGAGUUACAAAGCAGGUUUUGGUUAAGUUCAAGAUAAGAGCUUACCAAGAUGAGGUAAAAUGUGAUGUGGUACCAAUGCAGGCAUGCCAUUUACUUUUGGGAAGGCCGUGGCAAUAUGACAGAGCUGCAAUUCAUGAUGGCCGAGCCAACACAUAUGCAGUUCAAAGUGAAGGUAAGAGUCUCAUACUCAAGCCUCUGUCACCAAAGCAAGUGAUAGAAGAUUAUCGUCGGAUGAAGAAGUUGAAGGAAGCGGUUAAAGGAAAGGCUAGUAUUGUGACUGAUCCUAAGUCCACAUCACCACCGCUGGGUAACGAAAAGGUAUGUGCAUCAAUGCAACCGGGAGAGUACUUUAAAGGAUUUUGUGGAUGUAUUUCCCGAGGAGAUGCCAAGUGGACUGCCUCCCUUGAGAGGAAUUGA